GCAUUUUGAAGAUUGCAACGACCGUGUGAAGUCUACAGAACUGAGAUACAGGCUGCGAAGAUGGUGCAGCUUUAUUCUUCUGGAGCCCUCCGCUUUUCCUUGUUGUUUGCAACUGCCCUCCUUAGCUCUCCUUCUCUCACCGUGGCCCAGCAAGGAAUUGCCACCAAUGUGACCUUCAUUCAUAUCAACGAUCAUCAUAGCCACUUUGACGAAAACACGAUGGACCUGUUUGACGAUGCCAUCCCUUCGGGCUUGAGUGUCAAUACAUCCGCUCUGCGCAUGUACCACGGUGGUGCGGCCCGUUCCGUCGCUCAAAUCAAAGCCCUGCGGGCAGCCGCCGAAGCCGAUGGUCAGGAAGUCUGUGUUUUGCACGCUGGCGACGCCAUCACCGGCACGAGCUUUUACAGCUUUUACGGCCCCGCGCCGGAUGCCGCCGUCAUGAACACGGCUGGCUACGACGCUUUGGUGGCUGGGAACCACGAAUUCGACGACGGAGACGCAAAUCUUGCCAACUUCACUCGACUCCUCAAUAACCCUGUCUUGUCCUACAAUCUCAAUCCCGGGCCGGAUUCGGAACUCAACAACCUUGGCGACGACUCAAUCCAGCCAUUCCUGAUCAAGACCUUGUCGAACGGAGAACUCCUUGGCAUCUGCGGCAUUACCACAAAGACAUCUACGGAAGAGUCGUCCUUUCCUGACGAAGGCACGACUAUUGGUGAAGAACAGGCCUCCGCUGAAGCUUGCGUUGCCGAGUUGCAAACCCAAGGUAUCAACAAGAUUGUGCUCCUGACACACGUUGGAUACGACACUGAUCUCAACGGCUUUGCAGCUAUUGAUGGAGUGGAUGUGAUAAUUGGUGGGCAUUCUCAUUCUCUCUUAGGUGACGCCCAAGCGUUAUCUCCGGUUGGCUUGGUCCCAUCCGCAGAGUACGCCGCGAUUGUUAGCGGUACCUGUGUUGUCCAGGCUUGGGAAUACCACAAACUAGUUCCAAAACUUGAUGUAGCGUUUGAUGCGGAUGGGAAUGUUCUUUCGUGCAACGGCGAAGUAUACUUUCCCAUCAACCCAAGCCGUUUCACGGUACGUGAUCGUCCCGACGAAGAGCGAUUUGACCUCAACGAAGCCGAUGCUUUGGUUAUGCGCAAUUAUUUGCUUGAGCUUGGUAUUUUCACGGAUCCAGGUGAAGAGGCCGAAGUUGUUGCGGCUCUGCAACCUUUUCGUGAUAGUUUGGAAGAAGUUGCGUCGAGGAAGGUCGCUAUAGCUGCCGAAAACAUUUGCCACACGCGGGCCGAUGGUUCAGACCCGAAUUGUCCCGGGAAGGAAGAUCGGUCGAGAGUUGGUGGUGGGGUUUGUUUGAUUGUUGCUCAAGGCUUUCUCUUCAAUGUACCAACAGCUGACAUUGCCAUCCAAAAUGCUGGAGGCUGUCGUGGAACGAUUUUUGAAGGUGAUUUUACAUUCGGAAACGCCUUUGAAAUCUUACCCUUUUCAAAUACAUUAGUGACUUUGGAGAUGACAGGAGAUCAGAUUCGUAGGGUUUUAGAGGACUCGGUAAAUUUCUUUUUGGAUCCGACUAUAGGUGGAGGCGGGGGAUCAUUUCCAGUUUCUGCAGGACUUCGUUGGCAUGUCGACUACACUGCUGAAUUCGGAAGUCGCUUCUCGAACAUUGAAGUGAAUCGUCGUUUGGAAGAAGAAUGGGAGCCUUUGGAUUUGCAAGCCGUUUACAACGUUGUAACCAACAACUUUAUUGCAACGCCUCGUGAUGGAUACUUAACAUUUGAAGAAAUUGACCAGACCUCGGACGCGUACGUUGAUACUUUCGUACUUUACACCCAGUCCCUUAUUGACUACGCUUCGGAUCUUGGAACCCUUGAAGAGCCCGAAAUCGAUGAGUACUCAACACAGGUUUUGACCUUAGUGAACGGAACGACUAUUGACAUUCGUGAAGCUCAACCCAUAGUUCCAACCGCCGCGCCUGGCGGUUCGUCUAGCUCGAGCGUCACGUCUGCUACUGUUCUCUACGUCCUUGUUGGCCUAGCUGUGCUUGCUGCUAUCUAG